AUGGCAUCAGCAACUGCCCAACGGCGCCUUCUCCAAGAAUACCGCGCCCUAACCAACAACCCCCCAGAAGGCAUCACCGCCGGUCCCGUCUCCGAAGAUGAUCUUCUCUACUGGGAAGCAUUAAUUCAAGGCCCAGAGGGGACACCAUUUGAAGGGGGUAUUUUCCCCGCUGAAUUAAAGUUCCCUAAGGAUUACCCGCUCGCGCCGCCGAGUAUGCGAUUUCUUGGCGAGGUAUGGCAUCCGAAUGUCUACCCCAGCGGCCUGGUUUGCAUCAGCAUCCUGCACCCACCAGGAGACGACCCAAACCACUAUGAGCAUGCCUCCGAACGGUGGUCACCCAUACAGAGCGUGGAGAAAAUCUUGAUCAGUGUGAUGAGCAUGCUUGCGGAGCCAAACGAUGAGAGUCCUGCAAAUGUGGAGGCUGCGAAGAUGUGGCGAGAGCGGCGGCCGGAGUACGAACGUCGAGUAAGGGAGAGUUGUAAGCGGAUGCUUGGGCUGUAG